UGGAAGUUGCGUCACUGAGGGAGCGGAUACAGUUUGUCUGCAACAUGGCGUCCGUGACAACAGCCACCUCGGAGUGGAUUCAGUUUUUUAAGGAUGCAGGGAUCCCAGCCGGUCUCGCUGUCACCUAUGCAGUCUCCUUUGUGGACAACAGAAUCCAGAAGAACAUGCUUAUGGACCUCAAUAAAGAUAUUAUGAUGGACCUCGGUAUCACGGUCAUUGGUGAUAUCAUUGCCAUUCUUAAACAUGCCAAGCAGGUGUACCGGCAGGACAUGUGCAAAAUGGCCACAGAAGCCAUCUCCUCAGGACAGACAAGUGUUAAAGCUGAGCUCAGAAGAACAGCCAAUAGUCCUGCCACUCGUAUGAUUGCUAACGCUUUGAGCAGCGACUCCCCGCCACCCACCCCGGCCCGUCGACCUGACAACCGCCUCUCUGUCACAGUGUCCAACAUGCAAGCAAACAAGAGCAACAAAGCAGUUAUAAGUCAGCCUGCCGACGAGGGGAACAGUUUAGCAGCAGUGAAGCGCCGGCGAGUGACAGCUGAGAUGGAAGGCAAGUACAUCAUCAACAUGCCCAAAGGCACCACGCCUCGUACACGCCGCAUCCUGGCCCAGCACGGCAAGAAAGGUUUGAAACGCACGUCUGUAUUUGCAAGACUUGGGGCUGAAUCCAAAGCAGACGCACCGACAAGCAAUAACAAGCCCACUGGUGUGUUCAGUCGUCUGGACCAAGCGGCCAAAGUGGAAGUCGUGCCGAGGGCAGGGAAGAUGGAUGUAGACGAGCAGGAUGACAGUGAUGGAGAGGGCUCUGUUCUUCAGUACGCUGGCGUCCUCAAGAGACCACCUCCCUCCCAGAAGAAGGAGCCAACCGCAAAACCUGCCCCGACCACCCUGCGGCGACUGGGAGGAAAAUUCAAACUACCUCCCACUGGCCCUCCCGCUCCCUCCUCUUCUUCCCCUAACGGCCUACCUCCUGCCAAAAUCAGUGUGCUUAAGAGACUGGGCAAGCUCCCUGCCACAACCAUGGCUGUGUCGCCCACGCCGGCCGACACGCAGGACAACAGAGUGACCAGCACCAAGCCCAGAACCCUGGAGAGGCUGACCAUAGCAAGCCCCAAAGUCAGCAGCAGCACCGGGACCACAGCAGCAGGAGGAGUAGUGGGAGGAGGAGGAGCAGAGUCCUUGGGGGCCCGCAUGGACAUUCAGGCUGUGAGUGUUUUUAAGAGACUGGGCAAUAAGAAUACCUAAGAAAUACAUAUACAGACUCUUUCUAUCCUUCCUUUAUAGAAUUUGUAUCACCACGUUUUUGCAUUUAUCCUGGGAACAUGCAGGACUGCAGAUUUCUAUUAAGUGGAGUGUUUUUGUUCAAAGUGUGUGGACAAGUUAAAUGACUUUAAGGUAUCUCUUUGAUAAAAAAUAUAGUUUUUGUUUUUUUUACAUUUUAGUCAUGCUGCCAUUGGAAAAUCACCUUUGUCUACUGUCCAAGCUUUUAAUUUAAGAACUCAAUGUUUGUGUUACAUUGCUCAUUUAUGAAUAUCUAACUAUAUUUGUGAGCUAAAGGCAUGAGCAUGAUGUCAGCCAAGCUGCCAUAACGGUGUUUUUUAUUUUACCCUUUAACUCCAUAUUAUAAGGAUGCUGCUGCCUCACUUCCCUGUUCUGAGAUUUUAUCUUAAAUGAAAACUAUUGAGUAGCUGAAAAAAAAAUUGCUUGUCCCUCAAGAUGAAUCCUGUGAUCACUGCGUUAACCUUGUAUUCACCUGAAAGUGAAAUGUUUUUAGAAAACAAUUAAGUUUAAGGUACAGAUUUGUUUUUUCACAAGUUAAAAACACAGGAUGGCAACCAGAAAUAAUAUCAGCCAUGGGGUGAUGAUGAAAUUCAUCUUUUCUUGCUACCUUCACGUCAGAAUUGCCUCCUGCAUUAUGUUUUAAAAGUAGAAAAUAUGUAGAUGAAAUGCCGCAGAGCUUUGGUCCUGGACUUGUGAGCAGAAAAGAAAAUCCAAAUGGCUACACAGAACGACCUCUUCGAACACACCACACCUCGUUCUCUUCUUCCUCUUCAAGUGGAGUAGAAGUUCUCACCUUGGAGCUGAAGAUGCCCAAGUCAACUUUUCUACCACUGUAAGGAACUCUUUCUAAUACCACCGACUUGAUAGCUGGAUCACUAGAAUAUUGUUUAUUUUUAAAUGCAAUCUAUGGACUUGUUAGAUCAUGUUGAUUUCACACAGUACAGAACCUGUUCUGCGGCUUAUUUUUCUAUGUACAUGUUCUUGUAUCCAUGUAAAGAAACUCAGAGAUGCCAUCAGGCCUGAUGUCGAGGACGGGGCCGUUGCACUGCAGUUCCAGUUGGUAGUUCACCCCACCCGCUAUGCCUCAUUAACACGUGUGUACUGUUUGGUCCUUGAGACUUGCACCAGAACUUUGUGACACUUGUUAAUAUUUUAAAAUCACUUUUAAGAAUUUGUAUUGUUUUAAGGAACAAUGUAAAACACCACGAGUUAUUCGUUUUUAAACGAUAUUGAAGGGGACAAAAGUUCUAUUUGGAAAAAAUGUGCUUGGAAAAUAAAGGAGAAAAAGAGUCCAAACCUGA